GCCGGCCCAAGCCAACCCCAGGCGCCCGCCUUCUCUCCCCCCCACACCCUGGAAGCCCGGAGGUGCAGCGCCUUCUACAACCUGCCUCAAGAGCCAUCUUCCCUCCGCAAGGUCUGCCACAGGGACGUCUGCAGAUGCGCCGAGGAACAGUGUCCUUCCCUGAGGAAGGACAGCAGCAGAAUUAAGAUGGCCGAGCUGCAAGUGGCGGCCUGUGAGCCUGGCAUGGACUUUGUGUACAAGGUCAAGCUGGAGGACAUGGAAGCCUCUGAAUCCAACCCCUACAUCUACUAUAUCAUGAAGCUCCAAGCCAUCAUCAAGAGUGGCACGGACUCUGCCCCACCCCUCACCAGAAAGAAAUUUGUCGCACACACCAGCUGCCAUGACUCCUUAGGGCUGCAAAAACAGGAGACAUACCUGAUCAUGGGCCAUACCUCAAGCCUGUGGAGAAUCAAAUCUGAUUACAUAUACGUAUUGGGCAAGGAGACAUUCCUCAUGCGUUGGCCAGCAGAUGGGGAUGUGGACAAGAGGGAAUUGCUGGGCCAGCUGGAGGAGUUUUCAGAAUAUAUGCACACCCAUGGCUGUCAGUCUUGAGACCCUGAGAUCUUUGCUGUUCUCGGCUUGGGGGGUUGGUGGGGGAAGGGGGCUAUCUCCAAGCAGGCCUGGGUCUGGGUCACUGGGAUUAAUCCAAAAUAAAGAGCAUGGAAUAUCCUUCCCUAA